AUAUUUUUUUUUUUGUAACUGUCUAUCUAAUAUUUUUUGGGAGUUAAAAAUGAAUUUUGGCAAGAAAAUCGAAGAGUACUGUUUCAUGAGUUUUCCUUCGAUUUUGUUGAAGAGACCUGCUUCAUGGCUCUCUCUUCUUGCUCCUCCGUUUCUUCACGUUCUUGGCCUGCGCUUCUUACACCUCCUCCUCACUUCUGCUGCUUUGUUCUUCUCCUCUUUUUUCUUUCCAAUCUCAUUUCUUCCUUCUUCAAUCCAAUCAUCAAAACUAGAUCAAAAAGAAGACUAUGUUGCCACAGAGGAUAUCAUCCAAAAACCGGAGAAAAAUAUCGUAAUAACUAAUGGAAUGGAUGAAGAUGGUGCAAUCCCUGAUGAUGAGAGCCUUAUAGAGCUGUCUUUACCUAGUGGUCACUACGUUGAACAACACAAUACUAGUAAGAAAAAUAAUCUCUAUGUAAACAACAAAGUCCAAGAUGGUAGGCUCUUUGAUAUAUUCACAGAGUUCAAUGGUUUCAUCGAAGAAGAUAAUCUUAUCGAGAUCGAUAUCUCUAUUGGAUGCAUCAAGUCAAGGAUUGAGAUCAAGGCUUGAUGUAUUUACAUUCAACGUUUUCUAUACUUUUUUUUCCUAAUUUGGGAAUUUCGUAUAGUACUACAUUAUUACCUUAAUAAAUCUCGGGUUGUAAAUUACAGUACUUUUUGCACUUAUUG